AGUGUUAUCACGAUCAUACCAAUCAUACAGCUACAAUUUUUUUUGCUGAAAAAGUCCAUCCUAAAGCAUUAACUAAUAUGAAAUAUUUCAAACAAGUGCAUCACAUUACUGAAUUUUGAAAGACAAGCAAAGAGAGCUGAGACAGUGAUAUAUCAUUCACAUCCAAAUCCCACACGAACAUUCCCAGAUUCUAAUUGCCAACACAAUCACACCCUCUUGAAUUUUUAUUUGUUCCCAUCUGAUUCUGCCCCUGGAAAAGUGCAUGCCAAGAUUUCCAAGGCCAUGGAAGAUGAAAGAGGGAGUCUCCUACACAAGGAGGAGGAGCCAGCACUUGAUGGAGCAAUAGAACUGAGGAACUUCAGAUCAUACCUUAGAUGGGUUUACGUGGAUCACUCCAACGUGAUCAAAGCUUGUCUCUCUUGGUCCGUGUUCUUCACCUUGGCCUUUGUUGUGCCUAUACUCUCACACUUCCUACUAAGUUGUCCUACAUGUGACCAAGAUCAUAGUCGACCAUACCACAUACCCGUGCAGAUUUCUCUCUCUGCCUUAGCUACCCUCUCUUUCAUCAGUAUUUCUUCGUGGGAUCGUAAAUAUGGCUUGAGCAAGUUUCUCUUCCUUGAUAAAUUAAGCGAUGAAAGCCCUAAGAUUCAACGAGGAUACUCUGAACAGAUGCAGGGAACCAUGAAGCUCAUCUUGCGUUGGGGGCUUCCCUGUUUCAUAGUAGAAUGUGCCUACAAGAUAUGGUGGUACGUCUCAGGGUCAUCUCAGAUACCAUAUUAUGGUGAUAUAUUCAUGAGUAGCAUCAUUCUGUGCGCAUUGGAGCUAUGUUCUUGGCUUUAUAGAACCUCUAUUUUCUUCCUGGUGUGUGUUCUCUUUCGACUUAUCUGCUACCUGCAGAUACUGAGACUAGACGAUUUUGCUCGAGUUUUUCAGCAAGAAACUGAGGUGGAGUCAAUCUUGUUGGAGCAUCUAAGAAUGAGAAGGAAUCUUCGGAUCAUAAGUCAUCGUUUUCGAGGUUUCAUUCUAUCUUCUCUGCUUUUGGUGACAGCAAGCCAACUCAUUUUUCUGCUUAUGGUUACAAAACCCCAUGCUGAUGUUGAUAUCAUCAAAGCUGGAGAGCUUGCGUUAGUCUCCAUCACCCUGGUGAGUGGACUAUUCUUACUCUUGCGAGGUGCAACUAAGAUCACACAUAAAGCACAGUCCAUUACAGGCCUUGCUUCUAAGUGGCACAUUUGUGCCACCAUAAACUCGUUUGACAACAUUGAAGGAGAGACACCAUCAACUGCACAUGCAAUUUCGGCCCAAGCUAUUGCUGCCAAUAUCAGUUGGGGAUCAUCGGAUGAUGAAGUAGGAGAUGAAGAGGAUGAGUUGGAUAACACCAAAUUGCUGCCAAUUUACACCCAAACUAUCUCAUUCCAUAAGAGGCAGGCUCUGGUGACAUACUUGGAGAACAAUAGAGCAGGAAUCACAGUGUUUGGGUUCAUGCUUGACAGAACUUGGCUCCACUCCAUCUUUGGCAUUCAAUUGGCUCUUUGCCUUUGGCUACUUAACAAGACAGUUGGUGUUUAGGUUUUAGAAACAGAAAGGAUCUGCUGUGAUCCUCCUUAUCUUGUUUACUAUAUAUUUUGAACAUUCACCGGUUCAUUUGGGUCUGAGAGUUCUUGUUAUGAUCUACCAAUACCACUAUGGGAUCUUUUUGCCUAUUUAGUAGACAAAGGGCUUGAAACGUGCGUGGGUUCCCAAGGCCACCACAAUUCCAACUAAUAGGCCAAAAAAAAAAAAUUUGAAUGGUGAU